AUGGUGGUCGGUUUCCGCCGCACGAUCUCGUUCCCCGCGCCCAAGUCCGCGCCGGCGGCGGCGGCGGGGUCGAAUGGGAAGUCCGCGGCCGGCUACCGCGUCCGCUCGGCGAGCCUGCCAUGCCGUUUCCACCCUCUGGUGCUCCAGCUCGACGAAGACGUGGCGGCGCUGCGCGAUCUGGCGGGGGGUCUGGCGUCGGCCGCGUCGGCGCGCUCGAUCGCGGAGGCCGCGGAGCAGCUGGGGCGGGUGCUGGUGUCGCUCUCCGAGCUGCUCCACCACCCGCAGGCCCAGGAGCCGCUGCGGCGGCUCGGCCGGUCGCCGUUCGCGGAGCGGCUGCUGGACGACUUCCUCCGCCUGGCCGACGCGCACGGCAGCUUCCGCGACGUGCUGGUCGCGCUCACCGCGCUCCAGGCCGAGGCGCGCGCGGCGCUGCGGCGCGAGGACCCGGCGCGCCUGGCGUCCGCCGCGCGCGGGCUUCGUCGGUCCGGCCGCGACCUCCCGCGGAUCGCCUCCUCCGCCCGCGCCGUAGCCGGUAAGGCGCCGCCUCCUGCGCCCGCGGGCCUCCCGUCGGACGCGGCCGCUCUUGCCGCCGCCAUCGUCGACGCGGCGGCGGCCGUCGCGUCUGCCUCGGCCGCGGUCUUCUCCGGCGUGUCCGCCCUGUCCAUUGCCGCUGCCAUGGCCCGCGUCGACGUCGUCAGCGCACCGUGCUGGAUGCCCUCUCCGGCAAGGUUCGCCUCCUCGUCGGCCGCGCCGAGAACCGGCCACCACAUCGUCACCACCAAGCCCUCUUCCAUGCGCAUAUGGUGGGUCGCCGACCUGAUGCGCUGGAUGUCGCGUGCGAAGCGCCGGUCGGCGAGCAAGCAGCACGCCGACGACGGCUCCUCCGCCAAGCAGCCCCAGCCUGACGCGGCCCUGGUCGACCUAGACCCGGAGGAGGAGGACCGGAAGGCGGCGUUUGAGCGCAUGGACAACCUCGGGCGGUGCAUUGCGGACGUGGAGAACAGCGGCGAGAACGUCUUUCGCGCUCUCGUCAACACCAGAGUCUCCCUGCUCAACAUUCUCAGCCCAAGCUUCUGA